GGAAGCGGAGGUGGAGGUGAAGGAGCUGCAGCCACAGUCAGCUGCAGAGACUGUAGUGGAGGAAGGAAGGCGCGCGGCCUGGAGGAAGAGAAGGAUGGAGGAGCAGCAGAAGGACCGUGAGGCCGAGGUCGCCGAGCCCUGGCUUUCUAAGUGGGAGCGCCAGUGCCUUGCUGAGGCAGAGCAGGAAGAGCAGCUGUCCCCCGAGCUGCAGGAGGAGGCGGCUGCUGAUGCGGCUGGGCUCAAGAUCGAGCGGCAGAGGCUCUGGCACCUCUUCCAGAUCUCAGCCACUGCGGUGGCCCAGCUCUACAAAGAUUCCGGGUGCCAGCAGCCAGGACUGUCUAUGUGGGACCCCUUCCAGAAUGCUGCCAUGGCCGUGACCAGCCUCUACAAAGAGAGCGGGGAUGCCUACCAGCGAAGUUUUGAGCUGGGCGUCCAGGUUGGCUACCAGCGUCGCGUUAGAGAUGUGCUGGAGUGGGUGAAGAAGGGUAGGAGCAUCAUUCGCAGGGAAGACCUCAUUAGCUUCCUCUGUGGCAAAGUCCCCCCCACCGCUCCCCCGCCACGCACCUCCAGGAUGUCCCCUAGGCCGCCCGCAGCUGCUUCCAGUCAGGCUGCUGCCACUGAGUCCACCGCACCUGUGGACGUCGACCUGCAGCCCUUCCACGAGGCCAUCGCCCUCCAUGGCCUCAAUGGCGCCAUGGCAAGCAUCAGCAUGCGAUCUGGCACUCCUGGUUCCCCAUCUCAAGAUGGAGGUAUUGCCAGCAGUGGGCGUCGGAAAAGUGGCUUUCUGGAAGAUGAUCCGAACCCCUUGGGCUCAGAAGAACUGGCUAUCCGUCUGGACAGUGGAGGAAUCCGUAAGCGUACCUCGGCCCAGUUUGGUGAUGCCACCAUAGACUCUCCAUCCCACAAGCGCAACCGAAUGGUCUAAGCUACCCCCUUGGUUGACCACCAUCCACCACCGUAUUGCUUGACAGUCAACUUGACCAUCAACGUGCUUGUUGAAACCAUCCUAGAGACUGCUGAUCUUCCCUCUCUUAAGUUAAAGAUUUAUAUCGUUUACCAUAAAGAAAAUGUAAAAGUAUUCCAGAAGAGGCUUCCUAUGACUCUGACUUUCCCCAAAAUAUAAUUCUAUUACAGAACAUCAGCUAUCGCAUAGUUAGCAAAAUCAUUUAAACUUUAAACAAACCGUAUCCAGUGAGGGCUGGAGCCUGAUUUAUCUUAUUCAAGUUGUAUUUCUUAGCACCUAGUACAGUUACUGGGGCUCAAUAAAUGUUUGUUGAAUGAAUAAAUGUGACCUUACCUUAAAUUCUUAUAGGGGAAAUACAUAGAUGUAGAUUUGAUUGUGGAAUAGUUUAUUUGAUUGUGGAAUAACUUUAUCCUUUCGUGUGUAGGUUGUUUGCUUUGAUAGUCAUUGCUAAUUCAUUUACAUUGUAACUUUGUACCAAAAUGUUUGUUUGUUUGUUUGUUUGUUUGUUUGGUUUGGUUUUCCGAGACAGGCUUUCUGGCUGUCCUAGAACUAUCGCUGUAAAUCAGGAUGGCCUUGAACUCACAGAAAUCUGCCUCCUUCUGCCACCAGAAUGCUGGGAUUGAAGGUGUGCGACACUACCGCCUGGAUCAUUGUACCAAAAUGUAAGAUUAACAUACUGUGGAAUCUGGAGUCAUCUGGUUUUACCCGCACUGUACCAUGCACCCAAUUUCUAGAAAGAAAUCAUGAAAAUAAUAUAUUUUAGGCUCUUCUUUUCUUUGAAACACAGUUGAUUUUGGUGAUGGUGGUAUAAGUAGAUGGUAUAAUAAUUGGGUUAGCGAUGGGCUAAGCCUCUGAGCUUGCAUCUUAGUGGAUUCUGUUUUAGAGCAGCAGACCAACUAGAAAGUACUGGAUUUUUUUACUGGGAUAUGAUGGCAUAACUAACAGAAUAUAUAUGCUCCAUACUGAAUGGAACAAUGGUAGAACCCUAGCUCCACAAAAUAACUGGAUGAUUUUGGACAAGACCUUGGGUUUUCUUCUGUAAAUGGAGCUUAUAUGUCUGCUAGAGUCAUUCCAAAUAACACAUGAAGUUCAUAUUUCUAGUGUCGACAGCAAUGCUUAGCUCACUAAAUAUUUUCCCUCUGUAAAUGUAAGUCAGUCAAACAUUGAAGUUCUAAUAUUUUAGCAAAGACAGCAAAAUAAAUCAAUCUAGGAAUCAGCAAAUAAAAUCCUGGUAUUCUGCUUGAGCUAAAAAUUGUUUUCAUAUAGUUGAAACUUCCCUAAAUAUAGUCUGUGUAUUAAUUGUAAAUAUGAUAAGCUCAUGACUUAGGAUCACCACUCUCAAUAAAUACUAGGGCAUCCUUAGAGUUCCUGAAAUUGCCUGGGGAACACACUUUGCGACCAGGGAUAAUGGCCUAAAGGAAUGUGGAGAGGGGGCUAAGUACAGGAAGCAUAUGGAAG